AUGCUUCCAGGACGACUAGUAUGUGGCGACCGGGAUCAAACUCCUAACGAGCGAAGGAAAUUGAAGAUUCUCUGCUUCCUCAGCGCGGGAACAGUCGUCCUUAUCACUGCAAUUGUGCGAAUUUCAAUUACCCUGUGGAAACCAGGCCAGCUCAACUGGAAUCGCUGGGGCAUGCGAGAAAUGUUCAUUGACAUUAUCGCUGUCUACAUCCCGGCCUUUCGAGCCAUUCUUCGAAGCUCUUCGCAAAGUCGACAUAGCUCGGUGCCUAGCGAGUCAAGUGUCGCGAUUAUGUGGCCCUCCAGUCCAUAUCAUCGACAUCUAUCACUAGACUUGGAAACGGCAUCCCCAACUGCUCUGACCCCUGUCAUGUCUGACCUGAGAUCCUAG